AUGAGCCAGCUGCCUCAGUACUACUCUAUCCUCGAAAUCCGCACCGCGUACAAGCGCGAGUCGCUCAAGACGCAUCCCGACAAGCUCUCUCCGAAGGCAUCGGCCGCGGAGAGGCGACGUUACACUGAGCGCUUCCAAGCAGUCGCGGACGCGUACUAUGUACUCUCCGACCCGAAGCGACGUGCCGAGUACGACGCUCUCCUGCGCUCGCGCCCGAGCCAGUUCACGACCUCCUCCGACCCGUUCGAGCAGGACCAGGCGUCGGGCAACUUCUUCGAAGAGUUCAGCCGUUUCUUCCAGGACGCUGGCUUCGGGGGCGCAUCCGCCGCCGGUGCCGCCGGCGCAGGCACGUCCGGCGCUCCCCCGGGCGGGUUCGACUUUGAGAGCGAGAGCAGCGAGGAGGAGCUGCCGAAGAAGAAGACCGGCCGGCCAGACGCGAACGGCAUCUUUGGUGAUGUCUUUGAGGAACUCCUCGAGCCCGAGGUGGCUAACGUCCACCACCGCUGGCGCUGGGUUGGCGGCGCUGCUGGUGCCGCUCUCGGAUACAUCAUUGGCAACAUCCCCGGUGCCGUUGCAGGAGUCCACUUCUACGGCGUGCGAGAGGAGCUGGAAGAGCUAACCCCAGGCUUCGCGGGCAACAAGCUCGGCGCCAUCAGAGACAACAAGGGCAAGCCGGUCGCGCAGGUCUUCGCGACGCUGCCCGUGUCGCAGAAGGCCGAGAUCCUGCGCGCCCUCGCCUUCAAGGUGCUGGGCAGCAUGGCCUAA